AUGCCCGCCAGCCUCGAUAACCAGCGGCUAGAUGCCGUCUUUCAGUCGCGGCCAGACAUCCUGCAAGGCAUUCAGAAAGCAGCUGACACUCCUGCUCGAGUCGCAUUGUUUAACAGCAUUGCAAACUUCGUCCAUGAACAGAUCAACGGGCCGGAGCCUGCAUCAAAACGUAGACGGGUAGACGAGGGUCCUGCAAACGGAUUCAAGGCAACGAACACAAAUGGUGCGGCCGGAAAGACUGCGCCCAUUAACUCGGGCACGGGUAAUGCGGCUGACGAGGAGGUUCUGCUCGAGAUCAAGGAGAUUUCGGUCUCGGUACCACAGCGCAAGAAGUACGACCUCUGCUUCACGGCGAAUCACCUGUAUGCUCGCGCACCGAACACUACUGCCCCCGUAGAGGGCAUUGUUUACGCGUGGGAAGACAUCGAGUACGCUUUUUACCUCCCCGUACCCGAAAAGACCCAGGUGCAGCACAACUAUGUCCUGUUCCCGCGCGGAACCUGUCUCCCUACAAAAGCCUCCCUCGAGAAGGAAGCGCUCGUGUUCACAGUGCCAUCUACACCACCGAAGCAGGGCACAAUCGGCGGCCCGAGAGCGAACGCCGCGGCAGCAGUCUCCGAUACCUACCGUGCCCUAUUCGAUUGGGCGCUGACGACACAUCUCAGCUCCGCAGGCAACAGGGCCGAAAUCGUCGCGGCAGACCCCAACAAGUUCCAUAGUCUUGUCCGGCAGCCGCACAGGCCCAAUGAGAAGGCGGUGCACGUCAAGGCCUUUCGCGGGUCCAAGGAUGGGUACCUUUUCUUCCUGCCAAACGGCAUUUUCUAUGGCUUCAAGAAGCCCCUUGUCUUCUUGCCCAUUGACCGUAUUGUGGCCGUUAGCUACACAAGCGUGUUGCAGCGCACGUUCAACAUUGUCGUCGAGGUUUUUACCGAGGGCGACGCGACGGAGGAGAUUGAGUUUGGCAUGCUAGAUCAAGAGGAUUAUGGUGGCAUCGACGAGUCCUACGUCAAGCGUCAUGGAUUACAAGACCGCAGCAUGGCAGAGCAGAGGAAGGCCAAGAUGGAGCUGACGGAGAACUUGAAGGCGAAGAAGGCCGCCGAUGCCGAGGCUGAUGCGAACGAACUGUACGAUUCGUUGGCCAAUUUUGACGGCCGUAGAUAA